GGUAGAUCUCUCGCCGGAGAGGGUCGGCUCACACACGUGUGAGGGGCUGUGGGGAUCCAUUGGCUGCCGAGGAGGCGUCAAGACUGACAGGUGAGGGCUGGGGGAGGGGCGGGCGGGCGGACGAGAUGACGAUGUGGGCAGGCAGGUGCGUCAUGGGAAUCUAAUCUGCCUCUGUGUGCGCCUGCUCUGUACUGGCCAUGGUCUCUCUGUGCACUGUGUGCGUGUCAGGAUGGCCUGGAAGUCGUCGAGCAGUGUGGUGUCGGGCGGCAAGGGCAAGGGCAAGGGCAAGAAAGCUGCAGGUGCGUCGUCUUCGGUUUCUGCAAAUGACUACGAAGUGAGACAAACAGUCAGACAGGAACACGCACACCACUGCACGCCCCGUGUCUACCAUGCUGCUGUGCAUCCGGGGGCCACGAGCAGGCUCUCGCAGGUCAUCACAUUUCUUGCCUCUCCCUGUGGCGUCUGUGCAUCAGGCCGCCUCCACUGCGGGUGCUUCAUCGACCCGGGCGCCGACCGGCAGUGGUGCUGGCGACGAUCUCGACAACAUGACCCAUGUGGUGAGGAGAACACCACACACGCACAGACGGCUGCCCAUGGAUAGACCAUCCUCCGGUGUGGUGUGGUGUGAUGGUGUGUGUCAGGGUGGAGCGACUCAGGUGUCUGGUUCGACGGACGAACAAAUGACACUCAGCCGUACGCCAUGACACACACGCAUGCGCACAUGGAUGGGGACCAGCACACAAAUACUGGGUUGGUGGUGCAGGUCGUCAUGGUCAGGGAGGGGCCGGGAGUGUCGCGUCGGGGUCUGUCAGCGAGAGGAUGGCGCUCGACGGUAAGGAGGUCUGCACUCACGCUCACCCACGCCACCAAACGGACCACUGUUGGUGGUGUUUUCUUUUGCCGCUGCAGACCGUUUCGCCGCUGCCCGCAGCGAGGUGAUGCCCCUCAACGGUAUGCCGAUGCACACAUUCACGGCACAACGCGAUCCACUGCAUGGGGAUGCUAUCCGUGUUUGCGCCUGCAGAUCGCCUCGGCCGGAAGCGGCAGGCUCGCAAUGGUGCUGCUGGUGGCCGUGUGGGUGGCGAUCCGUCUGACGAUGAGGGCGGCUCGAGCGAUGACCAGGGCAGCAGCGAUGACGACGACGACGAAAACGACGAGGACUACAACCCGCCCGAUGGUCAGCCACACACACACACACACAGAGAGGGAGAAAGAGAGAGAGAGAGAGAGAGAGAGCGUCGAGCACAUCUCUGGUGUGCUUUCCUGUUGCAGACAAUGAUGAUGACAACGAGGAUGAGGACGAUGAGCCCGAGAGCUCGGGUACGCAUACACACCCACAUGCCCACACACAUGCCGAUGACACGACGCAGAUGCUGCUGCUGUGUGUGCUGGAUGUGUGUGUGUGUGUGUGUGUCAGGGAGUGGUGGUGACCAUCUGAGCGACUCGACCUUCAAGCAGCCCCAGGCGACCGGCAAGCCGGCACGGCCGGCAACCUCCAUCCAUCAGUCGACCGUCCGAGGCGUGCGCUUCGACGACAAGAACCAGCGGUGGGUUGCCAAUCUCAAGGAGGGCGGCAACUGGACCAAGAAGCACUUCGCCGUGAGCCUGUUUGGCCACGACGAGGCCAAGGCCGAGGCAGAGGAGUGUCGCCUGCAGAACGAGCACAACAACGAGGAGGCUGGCCGUCCCAUCAAGAGUCCCAACAAGAGCGACGUCCCGGGUGUGUACCGCGACGACAAGCAAGGCCGUUGGGUCGCGGUAUGGCGCGAGAACGGCAAGCAGAAGAAGGAUUAUUUCUCGGUGGCCAAGUUGGGCGAGGAGGGCGCCAGGCGGGAGGCCAUCAAGCGGCGGGAGCUGGUGGAGAAGAUCUGGCCGGAUCAGCGCAAGGUACGCAAGUGCACGAAAUGCAAUGUGUGUGGCUCGUCAUGCUCAUUGGGUCUGUGUGUUCAGUCCCUCUCUGCUCAGACUGCCUGCACUCUCAGUCGCGAGCACAAGAAGCUCAUCGACCAGCUGCCCGCCAAGGUCAAGGGCGUCUACUUUCACCGGGUCCCCGGCUACAACGCCUGGAUAGCACACUGGAGCGUGGGCGGGAAGCAGCGGUCCAAGAACUUCGCCUUCAGCACACACGACGACAUCGAGAAGGCCUACGAGAGGGCCGUCGCGUGCCGCAAGGAGAAGGAGGCGAGCGGUGCGGCGAGCAUCCAGCAGCCAGUCGAGAGGCAGAGCGGCCUAACGGGUGUGAGCUGGCGCAAGAAGAGCAAGGCAUGGGUGGCCAGCUGGUACAAUGUGUCUGGCAAGCAACAGAAGCGCGACUUCCGUGUGUCUGCAUAUAAGGAUGACUGUGAGGCCAAGGCAGCUGCGAUUCACUGGCGGGACACGAUGGUCGAGCAGACAGAGAGAGAGAAGCAGGACAGGAUAGCUGAGCGGGCAGACAGGCAGAUGUCACGGAAGCGGCCCGUGGAUGCAUCCGAGGGCCGCCGCCUGCGACGGAAGAGAGAAUAGCCAAGGGGCAUCUCAGUCAGUCUGCUGUCGGGCGAAAGGGCUCUGUCGCGUCUGUGCAUGUGCGUACAUUUUUGGUGGACGAUCGACUCAGCGGCUGGUCGAUGGGUGGGUGGGUGGGUGGUUUAAGUAUGUGGGGCAAGUUUUUGUGUAUCGCUUGGGGUCCAGUGGAUUUGUGUUGUCAUGUGGAUGGUGUGGUGUGUGCGUAUCGUAGUGCUGACACACAUACAUACAUACAGGGAGGGAGGGAGGGGAUUUGCUGCGUUGUCUUUUUUCUUCAUAUCUUUAUGCAUGUGACGCUGGCCGUCUGUCCGUCUGACGCACCCCACCCCAUCCCACCAUGGCAAGCCUGUUUUUGACGCUGCUGGCCUUCCAGUCGACUGUCCAGUGCUGGUGGUGAGUGUGUGUGUGCCGUGCCAACCCAUGGUGCAGCAAUCAGAAGUACAUGCGUGUGGUGAUCGAUCAUGAUGAGAGCGUAUCUAUCUAGCGGCUCAUGUGUAUGUGUAGGAGGGGGGGCAGACAGAGAGAGGCGGAUGCUGUUCUUGUUGCAGCACAGGCAAACACAUCACGGGCGACUCACAUGGCGCCGAACUUUCGACUCACUCGUGUCUGUCUUGUGUUGUGCUUGCUUCGUGGGCUACUUGUCUGUCGGCUGAGUGUCUUCCCCUCCACACGUCACCACACCUUACCCCUUCUCACCUCACCAUGUUGCAUCGCUGAGCAUACAUACAAACAGGGAGGGAGGGAGGGAGGAGCAUGGUGUGUUGUCUUUCUUCCUUCGAUCUGUAUGCAUGUGACGCUGGCCGCCUGUGCCUCUGACGCACCCCACCAUGCCCAGCCUGCUUGGGUCCGAGUCGACUGUGCAGUGGUGGUGGUGAGCAUGUACUUGUCUACCUGCGCGUGGCGUGCCAAUCGGCGGCGCAUACGAUCAUAGAGUCGCAAUCGAUCAUGGCGUGCCUUUCUGCUAUCUGUGCGGCGUGCGUGCGUGCUGCUUGUCUGUCUGUCUGUCUGUCUGCCUGUCUGAUCGCGGCACAAGGGACGGAGAGCGAGGCACCGACUACUCUUUCAGUGUGUGUGUACGUGUGUAUGUGUGUGAGUGAGACCCACGUGCACAUGUGUCUUUUGCAGUCAGGGCGGGUGGGUGUACGUACGUUCGUACUUUUCAUAUAUACGUCUGUCUGCUCUCCUGUGUGUGUCAGAGCGCUUCCCUUCGUAGCCAUUCAUACGCUAUAUGGUUCUCUCCUCCUUGUCAGUAGGCUAUAGAGAUAUGACGUCGAAAUGGCAUGUCUGUUGAGAAGCCGAUUACACGUGCUGCAUACACACACGUACACACAUGAGGGCAAUUUUCUGUGUGUGGUGGGCGGCAUGGUGGGUUUGUAUCACGGUGUGUGGUGCGGUGUGGCCAUGGUGUUGUGUGGCGAACACAGAGAGACGUCGUGAGCAGCGCGACUUUGUCUGUCUGUCUGUCUGUCUGUCUGCUUGGCUGUUUGUGUGCAUGGUGGCAUUUUUCCCGCUUUGCAAGGCAUCUACCGAGUGAGUGGCGAAUCCACACAUUGACACAUGAGUGGGGCGGGCUGCAAUGCGUGUGAUGCGUGUGUGUGGUUUGGUAUGUGCCCGCUUUCACACGCACAAUUCAGUCAAAGCCACCGUAUGCGUGUUUCGAUCUGUGCGCGUACGUGAGAUGAACGGGUGGACGAUGGGUUCAUUCAACCGAAAAAGCUGAUCAG